AUGAAGAUCAAAUCACCCUUCGGUCAAGGUCGCUGGGGCAACUUCAAGCACGCCUUCACCUCCAAGCAGGCGUUCAUCGAGUACGCAGAGGCUCCCAAGCCUGACGGAGAGAAGUCCAACAGGUGGACCAACAUCGAUCUCGCGCAAUCACCACCGCACGACCGUAUCUGGGGCAAAUAUGUCUACCUCGCCUUCUGGAUUGCCCACGCCGCUGGUGUCGGGAACUGGACGGCCGGUUCUGCCAUCAUCUCCCUCGGUCUCUACCCUCUUGACGCGUGGCUCGCCCUCGCCGCUUCGCACAUCAUGAUUACCAUUAUGAUUGUCCUCAACGGUCGCGGUCCUGCUCGAUACCACAUCGGUUUCCCCAUCAUGGCCAGGUCCGUUUACGGAAUGUGGGGAAGCUACUUUGCUGUCGGUAUGCGCGCCGUUGUCUGCAUCAUCUGGAACGGUGUCAACAGUUACUAUGGCGGACGUCUUGUCUCGGUCGCUCUUCGCUGCAUCUGGCCUCAGUGGGGUCGUCUGCCGAACGGUCUCCCCGCUUCCGCCGACAUCACCUCCCAGCAACUUGCAGGAUUCUUCAUCUUCAUGUUCUUCUUCCUUAUCCUGUCGUUCUUCCACUCGCGCGACCUCAAGUACCUGUACUACUUCAAGUCUAUCUUCUGCGCCAUCACCAUGCACGCGGUGCUCAUAUGGUGGAUGAUCAACAACAAGGGCGUCUCGUUCACCUCGCUUGCUGGCUCCAAACCCCUCGACAAGCAAAGUCACAUCUGGCUCGUUCUCCAGGCCUUCAACGCGGGUGUCGGUACGGCCUCGAGUCUGUCGGUCAACCAAGGCGAUAUGGCUAGAUACGCCACCAAGCCAAACGACCAGCUCUGGACCACCCUCAUUGGCUACCCUAUCGCCUCCGCUCUACCCUGUCUGUACGGUAUCCUGGUCGCCUCGGCUGCCAAGGAGCUCACCGGUACCGCGAUCUGGAACAUGUGGGACACCCUCGACUACAUGCUGGACGCACACGCCGACAACGCUGGACACCGAUUCUUCGUCUUCCUCUGUGCCAUCUCGAUGGCCCUUGCCUACCUCGCCAUCAACAUCGCCAGCAACUGCUUGCCGUUCGGCUCGGACCUCUCGGCCCUCUUCCCCCGGUGGAUGACCAUCCGUCGCGGUCAGGUCCUCUGCACCAUCCUCGGCGUCUGCAUCGUCCCCUGGAAGCUCGUCAACUCGGCCAAGGCCUUCAUCAGCUUUGUCUCUGGCUACGGAUACUUCCUUGCCCCCAUCGCGGGCUGCCUGGCGGUCGACUACUUUUACCAGAAGAAGGGUAACCUCGUCCUCAAGGAUCUAUGGCGCGGGGAGCCGGACGGCCGAUACUACUACUGGCGCGGCUGGAACAUGCGUGCCGUCGCCGUCACCGUUCUCUCCCUCCUCCCCUGUCUCCCGUCCUUCGCGGCCACGCUCGACCCCAACCGCCUCGGCAUGUCUCUCGAGGCCCAGCGCCUCUUCUACAUCUCCUUCACCCUCACCUACUUCCUCUCGGCCACCAUGUACGCCCUCUCCUACGUCGUCUUCCCCGAGAAGAACCUUCACGUCAAGGAGCGCACUCUCAAGUGGGAGCAGUACGCCAACGAGCUCGACGCGGACGAGGCGAACGCGGCGGCCAACUUUGAGGCCGAGGCGGGCAAGUUGCCGGAUGAGUUUGAGACCAAGUAUGAGAUGCCCGUCGAGGCGCGGGUGGUGGAGCUCCCGGGCAGGUAG